CGGUUGUGUCUGUGGGGUCUAGAAGCUCUCCCCGGAGGAGUCGGGAACCUCGUUUCUCCAAUCCAGCUCCCCGAGUGCGGGGAGCUACCCCGGCAGCCGUCACCAUGGUGAAGGAGCAGUUCCGGGAGACGGAUGUGGCCAAGAAAAUAAGCCACAUCUGUUUUGGAAUGAAGUCACCCGAGGAGAUGCGCCAGCAGGCGCACAUCCAGGUUGUGAGUAAGAACCUGUACAGCCAGGACAACAACCACGCCCCCUUGCUGUAUGGGGUGCUUGACCACAGGAUGGGUACCAGUGAGAAGGACCGCCCUUGUGAAACCUGUGGGAAGAACUUGGCUGACUGUCUGGGCCACUACGGGUACAUUGACCUGGAGCUGCCUUGUUUUCACGUGGGGUACUUCCGAGCCGUCAUAGGCAUCUUGCAGAUGAUCUGCAAAACCUGCUGCCACAUCAUGCUGUCCCAAGAGGAGAAGAAGCAGUUUCUGGAUUAUCUCAAGAGGCCUGGCCUGACCUACCUCCAGAAGCGAGGGCUGAAGAAGAAAAUCUCUGAUAAAUGCCGAAAGAAAAACAUCUGCCAUCACUGUGGCGCUUUCAAUGGUACUGUAAAGAAGUGUGGUUUACUGAAGAUAAUUCAUGAGAAAUACAAGACCAACAAAAAAGUGGUAGAUCCUAUCGUAUCGAAUUUCCUUCAUUCUUUUGAAACGGCCAUCGAGCACAACAAAGAAGUGGAGCCCCUGCUGGGGAGGGCACAGGAAAACUUGAAUCCCUUAGUCGUUCUGAAUUUAUUUAAGCAAAUCCCAGCUGAAGAUGUCCCUCUUCUUCUGAUGAACCCAGAAGCUGGAAAGCCCUCCGAUUUGAUUCUCACGCGACUUUUAGUGCCCCCCUUGUGCAUCAGACCCUCCGUCGUGAGCGAUUUGAAGUCUGGCACCAAUGAAGAUGAUCUGACAAUGAAAUUGACAGAAAUCAUUUUCCUAAACGAUGUCAUUAAAAAGCAUCGGAUAUCAGGAGCCAAGACCCAGAUGAUCAUGGAAGACUGGGACUUCUUGCAGCUGCAGUGUGCCCUCUACAUCAACAGCGAGCUCUCGGGCAUCCCCCUUAACAUGGCGCCCAAGAAAUGGACCCGGGGUUUUGUCCAGCGCCUGAAGGGAAAACAGGGUCGAUUUAGAGGCAAUCUCUCAGGAAAGAGGGUGGAUUUUUCUGGCAGAACUGUCAUCUCACCUGACCCCAACCUCCGGAUUGAUGAGGUAGCUGUGCCAGUUCAUGUGGCCAAAAUUCUAACUUUUCCUGAGAAAGUAAACAAAGCAAACAUUAACUUUUUGAGGAAACUGGUUCAAAAUGGACCUGAAGUUCACCCAGGAGCCAAUUUCAUUCAGCAGAGACACACGCAGAUGAAAAGGUUUUUGAAAUACGGAAACAGGGAAAAGAUGGCUCAGGAGCUCAAGUACGGGGACAUUGUGGAGAGACACCUCAUAGACGGGGAUGUGGUGCUGUUCAACCGGCAGCCCUCGCUGCACAAGCUGAGCAUCAUGGCGCACCUGGCCAGGGUCAAGCCCCAUCGGACCUUCAGAUUUAACGAGUGUGUGUGUACACCCUACAAUGCGGAUUUUGAUGGCGAUGAGAUGAAUCUUCAUCUUCCACAAACAGAAGAAGCUAAAGCAGAGGCCCUUGUUCUAAUGGGGACUAAAGCAAAUCUUGUAACCCCAAGGAACGGAGAACCACUAAUUGCUGCUAUUCAGGAUUUUCUAACAGGUGCCUAUCUCCUUACUCUUAAGGACACUUUCUUUGACCGAGCCAAGGCAUGCCAAAUCAUUGCUUCAAUACUGGUGGGCAAGGAUGAGAAAAUUAAAGUUCGUCUCCCGCCUCCUACAAUAUUAAAGCCUGUCACCCUGUGGACAGGAAAGCAGAUCUUCAGCGUCAUCCUCAGACCUAGUGAUGACAAUCCAGUGAGGGCCAACCUUCGAACCAAGGGCAAGCAGUACUGUGGCAAAGGAGAAGACCUCUGUGUCAAUGAUUCCUACGUCACUAUCCAGAACAGUGAGCUGAUGAGUGGCAGCAUGGACAAAGGAACACUGGGAUCCGGAUCCAAGAACAAUAUUUUUUACAUUUUGCUGCGAGACUGGGGACAGAAUGAAGCUGCCGAUGCCAUGUCAAGGCUUGCCAGGCUGGCUCCUGUCUACCUCUCAAACCGUGGAUUCUCAAUUGGGAUUGGUGACGUCACACCUGGUCAAGGGCUGCUAAAGGCCAAGUAUGAGUUGCUGAACGCUGGCUACAAAAAAUGUGAUGAGUACAUCGAAGCCCUCAACACGGGCAAGCUGCAGCAGCAGCCUGGCUGCACUGCGGAGGAGACGCUGGAGGCUCUGAUCCUGAAGGAGCUGUCGGUGAUCCGAGACCAUGCGGGCAGCGCCUGCCUCCGGGAGCUGGACAAGAGCAACAGCCCCCUCACCAUGGCUCUGUGCGGCUCCAAAGGUUCCUUCAUUAACAUAUCACAGAUGAUUGCCUGUGUGGGACAGCAAGCCAUCAGUGGCUCCCGAGUGCCAGAUGGCUUUGAAAACAGGUCCUUGCCUCACUUUGAAAAACACUCAAAGCUCCCAGCUGCCAAAGGCUUUGUGGCUAAUAGCUUUUAUUCUGGUUUGACACCAACUGAGUUUUUCUUCCACACAAUGGCUGGCCGGGAAGGUCUAGUCGACACAGCCGUAAAGACAGCUGAAACGGGAUACAUGCAGAGAAGGCUUGUGAAGUCCCUUGAAGAUCUUUGUUCACAGUAUGAUUUGACAGUCCGAAGCUCUACGGGAGAUAUCAUACAGUUCAUUUACGGGGGAGAUGGCUUAGAUCCCGCAGCUAUGGAGGGAAAAGAUGAGCCCUUGGAGUUUAAAAGGGUUCUGGACAACAUCAAAGCAGUCUUCCCGUGUCAGAGCGAGCCUGCGCUCAGUAAAAACGAACUGGUCCUGAGCACCGAGUCGAUCAUGAAGAAGCACGAGUUCCUCUGCUGCCAGGACAGCUUCCUGCAGGAAAUAAAGAAAUUCAUUAAGGGGGUUUCUGAGAAGAUCAAGAAAACCAGAGAUAAAUACGGCAUCAAUGAUAACGGCACAACAGAGCCCCGGGUGCUGUACCAGUUGGACCGGAUCACCCCCACCCAAAUAGAAAAGUUUCUGGAGACCUGUAGGGACAAGUACAUGAGGGCACAGAUGGAGCCUGGUUCUGCGGUAGGUGCACUCUGUGCCCAGAGCAUCGGCGAGCCAGGCACCCAGAUGACCCUGAAGACUUUCCACUUUGCAGGCGUGGCCUCCAUGAACAUCACCCUGGGUGUGCCCCGCAUCAAAGAGAUCAUCAACGCUUCUAAGGCCAUCAGCACUCCAAUCAUCACGGCUCAGCUAGACAAGGAUGACGAUGCAGAUUAUGCUCGCCUCGUGAAAGGGAGAAUUGAGAAAACUCUCUUGGGAGAGAUUUCAGAGUAUAUCGAAGAAGUGUUCCUUCCCGACGACUGCUUUAUCCUCGUCAAGCUCUCCCUGGAACGGAUUAGACUUCUGAGGCUGGAAGUGAACGCGGAGACGGUGCGGUACUCCAUCUGCAUGUCCAAGCUCCGAGUGAAGCCGAGCGACGUGGCUGUUCACGGCGAGGCCGUGGUGUGUGUCACCCCCCGCGAGAACAGCAAGAGCUCCAUGUACUAUGUGCUGCAGUUCCUGAAGGAGGACCUCCCCAAGGUGGUGGUGCAGGGCAUCCCAGAGGUGUCCAGAGCUGUCAUCCACAUCGACGAGCAGAGUGGGAAGGAGAAGUACAAGCUCCUGGUGGAGGGUGAUAACCUGCGGGCAGUCAUGGCCACUCACGGUGUGAAGGGCACCCGAACCACCUCCAAUAACACGUAUGAGGUGGAGAAAACUCUGGGCAUUGAAGCUGCCCGGACAACGAUCAUCAACGAGAUCCAGUACACGAUGGUCAAUCACGGCAUGAGCAUCGAUCGGAGGCACGUGAUGCUGCUCUCCGACCUCAUGACCUACAAGGGUGAAGUCCUGGGCAUCACUAGGUUUGGCCUGGCCAAGAUGAAGGAGAGUGUGCUGAUGCUGGCCUCCUUCGAGAAGACGGCUGACCACCUCUUCGACGCCGCCUACUUUGGGCAGAAGGACUCCGUGUGUGGCGUGUCCGAAUGCAUCAUCAUGGGGAUCCCCAUGAACAUCGGAACCGGGCUCUUCAAGCUGCUCCACAAGGCCAACAGGGACCCGAGCCCUCCCAGGAGGCCCCUGAUCUUCGACAUAAACGAAUUCCACAUCCCCCUUGUCACAUAGUCCCGGGAAGAGGGGACCGCUCCUGCUUGGUGUGUCAUGGCUCCUGUCCUCGAGACCAGCAGCUGCCUCGGCUUUGUGCUCCUUGGGACAGAGGCCCUGCUGUCCCCACCAUGCCAGCAGCCAGGGCAGGCCCCCGGCACCCCGGGAGCAGCUCACCCGGUGACCCUGACCACCCCGCAGUGCUUGGCCAGGACAGCUGAGGUUUCUCCACACCUGCCGCCCACUCUACCUCUCUGACACCAGGAGGCCCCGCUAGGAGUCCUCACUCCUCCCACCUCACCUGUCUGUCCAGCGGCUCCCAGGAACCAGGGGCCUGAGCCCCAGGCCCAGGGCACCGUCCCAGGUUUCCCGCCCCUCGGGCCUGCCCGACUCUCAGUGUGAUGUACUUGUGUAAAUAUUGUUACUAUUAUUUAUUUGUUCAGUUUGAAAAAGUUGGAGUUUUUGUUACUUGGUUUUACUUUUGAAACCCAGCAGCUUAGAAACCCAGAAAGCCAGCACUGAAGCGUCACUGGAAAAACUGGCUGAGCCGAUGAGCCUGUCUGGGAUUGGAAAGUGAGCUGAGCCGCCGUGAGGCCACAGCUGCUCUGCAACGCUCUCUCGUGGCCUGGCUACCCCGUUGCUUCGUCUGCCUCCAGCUCCUUCAGGUUGUGGCACUGCCUUGUCACUCUACCUGUGACAGAGUCGGGGGCCCAUGCUUCGUGGCCCAUAGAAGUCAUGCUGGCGUUUGGGGCCUGCUGGGUGGGAUUGUCGGUGUUCUUGGAGGUGAUGAGUGAAGCUGGUCCAGCUGCCGGCACUACCUGGUGGCCUCCCCACCCUCCUGAAGUAAUCGCCUGUGUGCGCAGGGCACAGGUGCAGAACUGGUGGCCUGAGAAGUGCCCCAGGGCAUUGGCAGCAGGUGCCAGCUGUAAGGGGUGAAAGGGUCACCCAGACAGGAAAGGAAAGGCCCACAUGUGGGGUCAGCAGGAGCUGGGGACUUGCCCCAGUUGGCAACAGCAGACUCCUCGAAGAGUAAAUACUGUGACCAUAGGAUGCACAUGCCAGGCCAUCUUCUGCUGGUGACUGCACCCUCCCUGGGGUGGGUUUCAUGGCCUCUGGAGUAUAGGGUGGCGGGAGGGAACACCAGCAGCACCCACUUUCCUCUGUGUGGCACAUGCUUGAAAUCGGGGAGGAGAGAUGGCGGCAGUAGUGUUUCUGUGAGUAACAGAGGCGCAUUGCCAGGAGCCCUGGCCGCCUGGGAGCGCUCUGGGGGCUGAGGAGUCCAUGGGACGGGAUUGCAAUGGCUGCAGAUGGGUUGGGUGUAGAUCAGCAUGUGUCUCAGCACAGAAGGGUUCUUCGAGGGAGCUCACCACCCAGUGAGAAGUGAGGGGUCCUGUAGGCACUGGUUCUCGGGUCCUGCUGCCUGCUGGGACCACAGGCAGAGCAAUGUUGGCUGGGAACUGUGUGCUUCCUGCUGUGUGUGCCAUGGGGAGGGGGGUGAAAUUGGCCCUAAUGGAAUCAUCUCCCUGCCCUGGGCACUGGACUUUAUAGUGAGCACAGAGCUUGAAGACCAGAUAGCCAUGUGUUCUCCAGAGUGAGCUCCCUAGGUUAGGGUUUACUCUGGGCCUGUUGGGAAGAAAUAAGAAAACAUUUAUAUUCUGUCUCAGCCAUUCACAGAUACAUAUUCCUGCCUAGUCAUCUGUCUAGCAGUUUGCCCUUUUUUAUCUUUUACAAAGGAUUAAAAUAGCUAUUGCCUCCGUUACAACCCCUGCUGUGUUCAGCACUUUGAGUAGGAGGAACAUCCCAGAGUUUCAGUGUGUGUCAGUUAAAUUAUGGUGUGUUUCCAUUUCCGGGUUUAUUCGUGUGCAUUCACAUUGAUUCAUGUCUGAUUGAACCUGACACUGUAUAAUGAUUUUUCGUAAAUUUUUGCUCUCUCUUGGCAGAAUUCUAUUUUUCUACCAAAGCUCAAAGGAGGAAAAAUAGAUAUACAUAAAACUGUAGCGAUUCAUCCUGUAGGUCAGCGAAUUUCAACUGGUGUGCUGCAGGAAUUUUUAAAGCUUGCAGUGCCUGGCCGUUUAGUCAGGAGCACUGACCUCUUUUCCCUUAGAGUGACAAAUUAAAAAAAGACAACAAUCAACACAACAGUAGCCAUUCGAUGUGAAUGAGUCAAAACUAUACCUUUUUUUUUUCUGUC